GACCCCUAAACUGUUUGUACGACCAUACUAUUUACACCAACAGAAUUCUCAUCUAAGGCCUAAACCUCAUGGAUCCUCGUGCUAAGCAUAUUAGAAUAUAUCUGAUCUAUUAUGCGAUUAACACUACGUAACUAAACCAUAAUGACUAAAACGAUUAUAAUCCCUAAACAGUAGCGUCGAUAAUUUUGGCAAGGAAUUAUGGAAACCACUCCAGAAAGCAAUCAAAUGCAAGACUUGACGAGCAGCGAACAACUGCCCAUAUGUUCURGUGUAGUGUUCACCAGAAACAUAUACGAUGAUCCAUGGGAAGAUGAAGAUGGAUGCACAAAUAUAUUACAAACGCUCUUCAAAAUGCUCAUCAAGAAACAGGGUCUAAUGGAACACGAUGAAAUUGUCAUCAUUCCCGAUGGCCCUAUAAAUGCUGUACCUUUUGCAGCACUCCAGGACCCCGAAACGGGACGCUACUUAUCAGAAACUAAACGCAUCCGAUUUGCUCCUUCAAUUCAAUCACUUGCUUUAGUGAAACAARGUCCAGACGAUUUUUAUUAUAAAACAGGCGCAUUGAUUAUUGGUGACCCCACCGUUGGACAAGUCAUGUUGAACGGUCGAGAAAKAUUCAUUACWCCUCUUGAAGGGGCACGAAUAGAGGCCAAUGAAAUCGCCAAUGUACUUGGAGUUCAUCCGUUAAUUGGUGAUGGAGCAACGAAAGAAGCUGUGAUCGAGAAGCUGAAGCAAGGCGUGUCUGUUGUCCACAUUGCUGCACACGGUAUCCUGUCAAAAGCUUCAAUAGCUCUGGCACCUACUGCUGAAGUGAGAUCAGUAAAAACUCCUGAUGAAGAAGACUACAUGCUAACCAUGGCAGACGUCCARAAGGCCCAAGUUCGUGCCAAGUUAGUAGUUUUGGGAUGUUGUCAUAGUGGGCGUGGAGAGAUCAAGGCAGAGGGCGUUGUCGGUAUGUGUCGAGCGUUUCUAGCGUCAGGAGCUCGUGCAGUAGUAGGAUCUCUGUGGGCCUGUGAAGACACAGCCACAUUGGUUUUUAUGAAGCACUUUUACWGGUUAUUGAAACAAGGUAAAAGUGCCUGCUUAAGUCUACAAGAAACAAUGCGAUACAUGCGAGACGACACCAUAUUUAACGAGCCGAAGUUCUGGGCUGCUUUUUUCCUUAUUGGAGACGAUGUGACAAUUGACUUUGAACCUUCCAAAGAAGAGAUUGAUCAGAAGACAAAUAACGCUUAAAGGAAAGAUGAUAAUUCAUUUCGCUCCGAAAGUUUUGUACUCGUCAACAUUUCGUCAACAUUUGUUAAGAGCGUUAUUUAUAGCAUUAAAUAUAUAUUAUAUGUAC